GUGCCCAAGAGUGCAACUGUUGGAUCCCAUAGUAAUUACAUAUUUAGUUUUAGAAUAAACUGCCAGCCUCAUUUUCCAGAAUGGUACCGUUUUCAUCCCACCAGAAACACUAAACAUUUAUUAGCAUGUACCAUCUAUCAGGCAUUUGGAAUACAGAGAUAAAAGACAAAGACUUUGCCUUAAAGGAACUGAUGGUUUGGAGGAGGGGACAAGUAAGCAGAGUUCUUCUAUGUAGGAGACGCACCUACUUCCCAUCAAGAGAAUCAGUGAAGCCUUGCUUCCUGGAGGAGGCAGCAUCUGAUCAGCAUGUGGAGGAAGGCCCUUUUGUCUACUUGUCUUUUGUAGGAAACGUUGCGGAUUCCGAAGGCUUGAUUGCUUCAUUGUGGAAAGAAUAUGGCAAAGCUGACGCAAGAUGGCUUUAUUUUGACCCAACCAUUGUGUCUUUGGAAAUUCUGACUGUGGUCCUGGAUGGGUCUCUGGCAUUAGUCCUCAUUUAUGCCAUAGUCAAAGAGAAAUAUUACCGGCAUUUCAUACAGAUUACCCUGUGCGUGUGUGAAUUGUAUGGCGGGUGGAUGACCUUCUUCCCAGACUGGCUUAUGGGAAGCCCCAACCUCAACACCGACAACUGGCUCUACUUUGGGGUCUAUCUGGUAUUUUUCAAUAGCGUGUGGGUUCUGAUGCCAGGGCUGUUACUGUGGCAGUCAUGGGUGGAACUCAAGAAAAUGUAUUACAAAGGAACCAGUGCAGGGAAAAAGUUUCAGUGAAUUUUCAAAAUCACAGACAACUGGUAUCUUGCUUUAUAAGCCAGAAUGGGUCAAACCUUUUUGUUGGUCAAAAUGUAAUGCAUUCCUGUGUACACUUUCUUUUUCUACUGUUGUUCCUAAACAGCCUAUUUCAAAUUGAUUGUAUGGUGGCAAGUUUUUUUUUUCUUCUUCAAUUAAAUUACAAUAUGGGGAACAGAGAAUAAAUUUUAACUUGUAAUAAUAACCCGUUUGAUUAUAUGUUUUUAUGGCUAGCAUUAAUUGUUCUGCAUUAAUAAAGCCAAUUAUCAUAAAAUACUGUAGAGCCUA